UUGGUGAAAACAUGGCUCGCACUAAGCAGACCGCCCGCAAGUCCACCGGCGGCAAGGCCCCGCGCAAGCAGCUGGCCACCAAGGCCGCCCGCAAGAGCGCCCCGGCCACCGGCGGCGUGAAGAAGCCCCACCGCUACCGCCCCGGCACCGUGGCCCUGCGCGAGAUCCGGCGCUACCAGAAGUCGACCGAGCUGCUGAUCCGCAAGCUGCCGUUCCAGCGCCUGGUGCGCGAGAUCGCGCAGGACUUCAAGACCGACCUGCGCUUCCAGAGCUCGGCGGUCAUGGCCCUGCAGGAAGCCUGUGAGGCCUACCUUGUGGGUCUGUUUGAGGACACGAACCUGUGCGCCAUCCAUGCCAAGCGUGUCACCAUCAUGCCCAAGGACAUCCAGCUGGCUCGCCGCAUCCGUGGGGAGAGAAAGGAAGAAAACAUGAAUCAUUUUCAGCAGAAAUGUGGCAAGCCUGAGAAAAGCACAAGGGGAAGCAGCACAAAGCUGCAGGUGGCUUGUUAUAUAUAUACUUGGGCUUUUACGUCGAGCAUCAGUUUAUCCCACUACGAUUGUGUUGACAUGGCUCGCACCAAGCAGACCGCCCGCAAGUCCACCGGCGGCAAGGCCCCGCGCAAGCAGCUGGCCACCAAGGCCGCCCGCAAGAGCGCCCCGGCCACCGGCGGCGUAAAGAAGCCCCACCGCUACCGCCCCGGCACCGUGGCGCUGCGCGAGAUCCGGCGCUACCAGAAGUCGACCGAGCUGCUGAUCCGCAAGCUGCCGUUCCAGCGCCUGGUGCGCGAGAUCGCGCAGGACUUCAAGACCGACCUGCGCUUCCAGAGUUCGGCCGUCAUGGCCCUGCAGGAAGCCUGUGAGGCCUACCUUGUGGGUCUGUUUGAGGACACGAACCUGUGUGCCAUCCACGCCAAGCGUGUCACCAUCAUGCCCAAGGACAUCCAGCUAGCCCGCCGCAUCCGCGGGGAGAGGGCGUAAUUCCCCAUUUCUACAAAAGGCUCUUUUCAGAGCCCCUCCUUUGUCACCAAAAAGUUGCUGUUUACCUAAUAACCUAAGUGUAUUCUUGUUCUAGGUAGAAUGUUUAGUGCAGCUUAUGAGAAUAUUACCGAUAUUAUGCACAUGAAAAAUAGUACGUCCAAUAUCAUUUUGUUUACCUGGAU